CAGCACAUCCACCUGAAAGGAUAUUUAAGUUAGUUGAUCAGAACAAUCCAAGUAUUUUCUGCAUUCAUGCUACAAACUAUAAACAAGCACUGUCCUUUAUUCCUCCUGAAAUGCCUACUUCACAAAAUUUUGAUAGUUUGCUUAAACAGUUUGAAGGUGUUACCUUCAGUGCUGAAUCUGAUGUUUUCUUGAAUACUGAAUCAGAUGCUCAGAAUUCCUCUGAUGCAAAUGAAACUGCUAGAUAUGAGUAUGGUGUUCCUGUACAGAUGGCUGAUGCAUUUCUGAGAUUGCCUGCUCCUCUUGUCUCCUCUCAGUGCUCUGAUGCUAAUCCUGCAGGUUUUCUAGUAAACCAGGCUGUGAAAUGCAGUAGAAUGAUAAAUGUGGGAAAUUGUAACACCACUCAAGCACUUAGUAUGCUGUUCUACGCCAACUCCAGCAUUUUAGCAGUACCUAAGUCAAGUCAGAUGGUUAACAUUACUGUCCAGACCAUAACUAUCCAGUCUUUGAGUGGAACACGUACUUUGCUUAACAGUAGUGAUGUCCUUUUGCUCCCCAAGUAUUUGGAUGAUCAAGUGUGCAUAAAUGUAGUUCUUAGGCUAAACACAAAGCCAGUCCCUCUUAGUGGAAAUCCUGGUUAUGUUAUUGGAUUGCCGUUGAGGGCAGGAUUUAGACCUCCUGGAUCUGGCGUUAUUCAGAGUACUAAUACAUAUGGUCAACUUACUAUUUUGCAAAGCUCAUCGAAUCAGGACUGUCUUGCAAUAGAAGGAGUCAGAACCCCAGUAUUAUUUGGUUAUAAUAUGAUAUCUGGCUGUAAACUAAGAAUCACUGCAAGUACAGAAUGUCAACUCUUGGCCAAUAUCAUCUUGAAUGUACUGAAAGGACAAAAUUUUCCAGAAUAUGUAGCUUCAUUUGGAAAUUCUCAGGCCCAAGAUGUAUUGGAUUGGGUGCCAAUCACUCACAUCCAGUCUUCAGAACAGGGUCUAUGCCAAAUCCCAGUAUCAUUUGAAAUAGAAGUGAAAUGGAGUAAAUAUGGAUCUUUGGUGAACCCACAAGCUAAAAUCGUGAAUGUCUCAGCAACGGUCAUUACCACCAUACUGGCCCAGACUAAUUUUGGAAGUGAAAAAACUAUUCAGAUAGGAAGUUCUGUUACUUUCAUUGAUGUUUCUAUACCAGCAGAGCCAGGCUAUAAAGCUCAACCAACCAUUGAUGCCAAGUUACCCUUUGAUUUUUUCUUUCCAUUUGUUUAAACCCACAUGCAAAUGAAAAUGAAGAGCAAGAACUGAAGAAAUAAUAUACUGCAAAGUAUUCAACCCUGCUGCUGAGGACGCCUACCUUAUCUGGAUGUAGCUGAUGUGGUUCUGCUUUUGUUCAAAAUUGCACGUCCUGGGAGUAAUUGCACAGUUAAGUUCAACAGCACCUCCGGAAGUGAAUGCUACCCAGCAACAGGAUGAUACGGCCAGAGCAAAGAUUAGCAAGGAAGCUACUCUGACAAAGACAAAUGGGAAUAGAGUAGGAGGUGGUUUAGAGACAGAAUAAUGCUGAGCUAGCUUCUUGAAUUGUAAACUCCUACUGGGUAUUGCAAAUGAAGAACACGCAGCAAAAAACAGUAACUCCUUGAAAUAAGUUGUGCCCCCAAUAUUCACAGCUUUAUAAAUAUCUGACUUUAUUUAAUUUGUUGCAGCAUUAACUGUACCGCUAUACAAUUAAAGAUUUAUGCAAUACAUUGUUUAAGGGA